CAUUUUAUCUCAAGCAAACAAAGUUGUUGCUAAUACUAAAUAGAUAGAUCUUGGGUGGUGGUGAGGUACUAGAUAUCUAGCUAGCUAGAGAGAUGAGAGGUACAACUGAAAGAAAGAAUUUCAGUAAAGAUGGUGUUGAUCAUGAAGCUGUAGCAGCACCAGCAGAUUUAUCUGUUGAUUGGAGAGGAAGACCUUCUAAUCCUAACAAGCAUGGUGGAAUGAAAGCUGCCCCCUUCGUUCUUGGGCUACAAGCAUUUGAGAUGAUGGCAAUAGCUGCAGUUGGGAAUAACCUUAUAACAUAUGUGUUCAAUGAGAUGCACUUCUCACUGUCAAAAUCCGCAAAUAUAGUUACCAAUUUCAUUGGUACUGUUUUCCUUUUGUCUCUACUUGGUGGUUUCCUCUCUGAUUCUUAUCUUGGAAGCUUUUGGACUAUGUUGAUCUUCGGCUUUGUUGAGCUCUCUGGUUUCAUACUACUAUCAUUACAAGCUCAUCUUCCACAACUGAGGCCACCACAGUGCAACAUGUUAACACUAUCAGCCAAAAGAGAUAAUCACUGUUUACAAGCAAAUGAAUUCCAAACCUUCAUCUUUUUUAUGGCUCUAUAUUUGGUAGCGUUAGGAAGUGGUUGUUUAAAGCCAAAUAUCAUCUCAUUGGGUGCUGAUCAAUUUGUCAAAGAAGAUCCUAAUCAAUCAAAAAAGCUCUCAACUUACUUCAAUGCUGCAUAUUUUGCAUUUUGUGUUGGAGAACUCAUAGCCCUCACUGUACUUGUUUGGGUUCAAACUCGUUCCGGUAUGGACGUCGGUUUUGGUGUCUCAGCAGCUGCCAUGGCCAUGGGAUUAACUUGCUUGAUUUGUGGCACUCUUGUUUAUAGAAACAAACCCCCUCGUGGAAGCAUUUUCACUCCAAUUGCCCAAGUUGUUGUAGCUUCAAUGACAAAGAGAAAUCUAGUUUGUCCAUCCAAUCCUGAAAUGCUUCAUGGAAGUGUAAACCACUCAUCAAAUCACAUCAAAGAUGCUUCCUCUUCCUUUGACAACAAUCUCCUACAUACUGAUAAGUUCAGGUUCUUGGACAAAGCUUGCAUCAAAGUAGUCCAAGAUGGAGUGAAGGAAAGUGCAUGGAGAUUAUGCACAGUAGCUCAAGUGGAACAAGUCAAGAUAAUCAUUUCAGUCAUCCCCAUUUUCGCUUGCACGAUAAUUUUCAAUACUAUCUUGGCUCAACUCCAAACAUUUUCAGUUCAACAAGGAAGUACAAUGGACACCAGACUUGGAAAAAGUUUCCAAAUCCCACCUGCUUCACUUCAAUCCAUUCCAUAUAUUAUGCUCAUAUUUCUUCUCCCUCUUUACGAAACAGUUUUCGUUCCACUGGCACGUAAAAUAACCGGAAAACAAUCAGGCAUCUCCCCUUUACAACGUGUAGGUAUCGGGCUAUUCACUGCCACGUUCUCAAUGAUUGCAGCUGCAUUAGUAGAGAAAAAGAGACGAACAUCCGCACAAAAUUCACACGAAACGUUAUCGAUCUUCUGGAUCGCCCCACAAUUUCUUAUCUUUGGCAUAUCAGAAAUGUUCACAGCAGUUGGUCUCAUUGAGUUCUUUUACAAACAAUCCUUAGCAGGCAUGCAAUCCUUCUUGACAGCCAUGACUUACUGUUCAUACUCGUUCGGGUUCUACUUAAGUUCACUCCUAGUUUCUCUUGUGAACAAGAUCACAUCAAAUGGUUCUUCAGGGUGGUUAAGUGAGAAUGACCUUAACAAGGAUAGAUUAGAUCUGUUUUAUUGGUUAUUAUCUGCACUUAGCCUUUUGAACUUUCUCAACUAUCUUUUUUGGUCCAAGUGGUAUUUUUAUAAUCCAUCUUUAUUGACAAAAACUCCACCAACAUAUCAUCAUAAUCAUGAAUACCAUGAAGAGGAAGAAGAUCACUCAAAUCAUCAUCACCAAAGUUUCAACUCUUCAAAGCGUAUUGGAGUUGACAAUAUCAUUAUACUUUAAACAAUAUGUUCUAGUACUUAUCCCUUGCAUAGUGAGUCUUGACUUAUCGCAUGUAUAAAAAAAGCAUAUAUAUAAAAGUAGUAUUAGUGCUGCUCAUCUUAAUAGGUUAGACCCACUAAUUAGCACUAUAUGGGGUUUUCUUUAAAAUGGCCCCUUUUGUUUCUCUAUUGAUUGACAUUGUAAGGUGGACUUAUAUAAAAGUAUUAGUUUGCAAUAAUAAUAAACAUGAUGUAAAUUACUUAAUCCCACUGUUACAAGCUUUA